AUGGGUCCAAAAUUUGAUCCAACAGCCGUUUAUGAAAUUUUGUGUCGUGUUACUGGUGGUGAAGCACCAGGAGGUUCGUCGCUUGCACCCAAAAUUGGUCCAUUGGGUUUGUCUCCAAAAAAAGUUGGAGAUGACAUAGCCAAAUCGACAGUAGAAUGGAAAGGUAUGCGUGUCACAGUGAAACUAACGGUUCAAAAUCGAAAUGCAAAAAUUGACGUUAUACCAUCCGCAUCAUCACUUGUUAUCAAAGCAUUAAAAGAACCACCAAGAGAUCGAAAAAAACAAAAAAAUAUUAAACAUGACGGAAAUAUUUCAUUAGAUGAAAUAAUUAAAAUAGCACGUAUUAUGAGACCAAGAUCAUUGGCGAAAACGUUUGAUGGAACAGUCAAAGAAAUACUCGGAACAGCUCAAUCGGUUGGAUGUAAAGUAGAAGGUUCUCAUCCACACGCUUUAAUUGAUCAAAUAAAUAAUGGUCAAGUUGAUGUGCCGAGAGAAUAA